GCUAUGUGGCUGAGUGAAACCUGCUUUGUUGCUUCCUCUUCUCUCGGAGGCUCCCCUGUUUUGAUGAUCCAGGGUCUUACCCUCCGUGUAAGAACCUUCUCUGGGGUCUUGCACCGGGAGCCAAGAUGCUGUGGCUGCUGGUUCUGACCUCCCCCUGGCUGGGGGGCUCUGUGCCUGUGAUCCCGGACUCCAGCCCAGGGCGUGAGCUGGUGGGCAUCGUGGGGGGCUGCGAUGUCUCAGCCCGGAGGUAUCCGUGGCAGGUCAGCCUGAGGUUCUAUCGUAUGGACCACGGCCUGUGGCAGCACAGCUGCGGGGGCUCCCUCAUCCAUGCCCAGUGGGUGCUGACGGCUGCCCACUGCGUUGAGCCGGAGGACCUGGAGGCUGGCGCCUUCAGGGUCCAGGUCGGCCAGCUGAGGCUCUAUGACCACGACCAGCUGCACAGGGUGGCCGAGAUCAUCCGCCACCCCAAGUUCAACGCGAGCCUGUCCGCGGAGGGAGGCGCGGACAUCGCCCUGCUCAGACUGGAGGACCCCCUGACUCUCUCUGAGGAUGUCAACCUGGUCUCCCUCCCGGCAGCCUCCCUGAGGGUCCCCUGGAGGAAGAUGUGCUGGGUGACCGGCUGGGGUGACAUCGCGGAUGACGUGCCGCUGCCCCCUCCCUACCGCCUGCAGGAGGUGGCAGUGCCCAUCGUGGGUAACAAGGAGUGUAAUUACCACUAUCAGAACUCUUCCGACAGCCACGGUCAGAUCAUCAAGGGUGACAUGCUGUGUGCUGGGAGCGAGGGCCGGGACUCCUGCCAGAUGGACUCUGGGGGCCCCCUGGUGUGCCGCUGGAAUUGCACCUGGAUCCAGGUCGGAAUCGUGAGCUGGGGCCAGGGGUGUGGUCACCGCGACUUCCCUGGGGUGUAUACCCGCGUCAUGAGCUACGUGUCCUGGAUCUGCCGGCAUGUCCCUCUGUUCCUCGAACCCUAGGAGGGACGACGCCCCAUCCUUUUUUCAGCACCAUGUGCUCCCUGCAGGGGCGCAGGGGAGCAGGGGUGAGACCCCCCGCAGGGAGAACAGGGUGGGGAAAGCCCAGGAAUUGUGCUGGGAAUUGGAUUCUUAUUAAACGUGGUGGGAAAACCUCCCAAGGCUGCACCCAUGCUUGACUCUGGUGCGUCUCGGGGCUCAGGGGGUCUGCUGGCCGGGCCUGCCUGUUGGGGUCCCUGG